UUAAAACUAAAACACUGUCUGAGUGAAUGACGUCACGAGGGAACCACACCAGUGGACUGUGGAACUGUCCGCCGGGGACCGAGUACAGCAAGGAGACCCAUGACAUGCUGAGAUUAAUGAUGCAGGAGUCAAAGGUCAGCCUCCUCCACAGAAGACGGAUCAAUGACUGCCUGAAGAAGGGGGAACCCUUGCCAUGUGGUCCCACGGUGUCCGCCCAUCCCCCUCAGGCCAGACCCAAAAACCCGGCCCCAAGACACCUGCCGUCCAGGCCUCAGAGACGCAGCGCUGAAUCAUGUCGCUCCGGGAACAGCUACUGCCGGGAACAGUUUCAGCCCCGUCCUACACGAGACUUGGAGGAAGAGAAGAGGAGGCUCCAGCAGAUCUUUGCGGGAGAAGGUUUGGCUUCUGCUUCCCCAAAUGCUCCUGACGAUAAAACCCCAGAGGUGGCAGAGGAGAAGGACCGCUACCAGGAAGUUCUGGGUGAGAUUGAAGACAGAAGACAGUUCCUGGCCGAUAUGGCGGCUCUGGGGCAGGAGAAGAAAUACACAAACCUGAUCAACACUGAGAUACUGCAGAAAAUCAGAGAACUGGAAGAGCUGCAGAAGGCCGGCGAUGCCAAAAAGGAUCCGAGAGGAAUGACGACUCUGUAAAGACAGGAUCGCAGGCGACCGCCGGGAACGCCCGUCUCUCCAAAUCUGAACUCAUUUGGAAUCCAGGUGCAAAAAACAACUUUUUAAAACAGUUCAGAAAGAUGAACUGAGAUGUAUUUAAAGCAGUGAACAGGAUUGUGGCAGAUGUUGAUGAAAGAAACUUUAAACAGCAGUUUGAACUUAAGUAUUUUAUUGCUCCGCCUCUUUGUGUAACCUGACUCGUUUUACUCAAAAUGAUGCUGCUACUUGGUUUCAGCUGGACAGAGACGACAGGAACACCAUACACACACAGAUGAUUACAAAUAACAAAAACAACAAGUCAAUAAUAAACAUUUACAUGAGCUGGAACACAACGUUAAAUAAGCAGCUAACGAGUCGUCCUUUUUGAAGCAAAGAUGUUAAGAUAAUUUAACUGGAUGCAUAUUAACUUCUCCCCAAACACUAAAAACAUGUUAGAAAAAUAUUUUCUAGCAUCUAUAAAAAGUACUCAGCUCUUUAGGCUUUUACAGUUUAUAGAGUCAAAAUUCAGCCUCAUUACAAAAAAAAAAAAAAAAAUCUACAUGAUAAAAAUUAAACAA